CCUUUUUCCAUUAUCGACCGAUUUCCAUCGCGAUCGAGAACCCUCCGUUAUUUAAAGUCUCUUACCUUGUGAAUUCGAAAUUAUCAUUCGUUAAAUUUUGGGCUCUCCUAUCUUUUUUGUAUUUUUAACAUUCGAUAAUCGAGGUACUUCAUCCUCGACCAACCCCCCUCCGAAUGCUUGAUAUCUCACGGUGACGGUGACGUCUCCCGGGUCUAAAUAUAUAUCCAUCCCCCCUCGCAGCGCUGCACCGAUCGGAAAUCCCGCCCUUCCCAUCAUGGCGAGCCUCGACGGCAUUCUAAUCGGAAUUUUAUCCUCCUUCGGUUCCGCUAUACUAAUAGCCUUGAUUUUCCUUGUCGUCUAUUUCUUCAGAUACACAACCUCCGGCCGGAUUUUUCUCGAUCGGAUCGGUCGGCCCGGCGAAUAUGACGACGAACAAGCAUUCGCCAGAGAAGAGGCGGAAGCCUUGGAGUUGAUGGAUGAAUUACAGAGGACGGAGUAUUUAAGAGCAAAAGCAUUUAUCCAAGCGAACCCGCCCGAAUCACUCCAAACAGACAUUUCUUUAUCGCAAUACUUGGCUAUACAAGAGAAAGGAGUUUCGGCGUGGGAAUUUGAACCUGAGUUAGAAAUCGCCAACUGCUUUGUUGAGGCGAGAACAGAAAUCGAAUUCUACGAUUCCGAAUGCACCGUUAUGAGUAAUCUACCCGUACCAAAACAGAACGAAGUGUACUAUUGGGAGGCCAAAAUUUACGACAAGCCCGAAACCACAAUGUUGAGCAUCGGCAUGAGCACGAAGCCGUACCCCUUGUUCAGGCUUCCAGGAUAUCACAGGUAUUCCGUCGCUUAUACAUCAAAGGGCCCCCGACGAUAUAACCAGCCUUUCACCCCUAGCCCUUACGGACCUCCUUAUGUUCAAGGCGACGUUAUCGGCGUCGGUUAUCGGCCCAGGACAGGAACCAUUUUCUUCACACGCAACGGAAAGCGCCUAGAUGAUGUUGUUCACGGCCUGAAGUCGCAAAACUUCUUCCCAUCUGUUGGCGCAAACGGACCAUGUACCGUACACGUCAACUUUGGUCAAGCAGGUUUUGUAUUCAUUGAAGCGAAUGUGAAGAAAUGGGGGCUGGCCCCGAUAACCGGCAGUCUGGCACCGCCGCCACCUUAUGGAAGCGAGCAAGGAAGCAUUCUACUUGAGACGGGACGAAGGAAGGAUGAGUAUUCAGGGUCACCUGCUGGAAAUCACGGAUAUACACAAUCCGUCCAGAGGUACACUAAUACCGGCCCGACUUUAGAUCCAGGACACGGGCGGACAAGGAGUGGCAACUUCAGAGUAAUUCCGCCCACGAGUCCAGGACCACAAAGGAGUCCUACUGAUAUUUCCCUUGCACAGCUGGUUCCUUCAGAGGAAGUGGGCGAAGCAAGCAACACCGGUAACGCCCCCGGUGACCAUGUUGUUGAUGUUGUAGGGUUGGGUCUUCAUGAGGCAUCGCAUCCUCCACCCGAGUAUACCAGUCCGGAACACUCGGAUGAAGAAAGUUCUGGUAGCGAUAGUGACCGAGUCCCGUUAAUCAGAGCUGUACGGAGCCGUGGUGCUUCCGCAGCUACCAUAAGACCGAACAAUCCGCCAAUUCCUAGCUAUAGUGACGCUAUUCGUCAAGGCGCUGGUAGGGACAGGAGCCGGAGCGAUAGCGCCAUGCCUAGAUGGAGUGGCAAUUAAAUCAACUUUAGCAACCGCCAACCAAGUACACCGGUUUGCGUGUGCUACCACUGUCUAUAUGUAGUUCACGAACAGCGAAAAGAAAACUUGCUUUUAUACACUCAUCAUGGAACGGGGAGUUUACGGUCAGGAAAGGGAACAGACUUGUCAUUUGGCUUUUAACGCCCACACACAUUUUUUUUGGACUACGACAAACAUUGGCAUUGGGUCAGGUGAUACUUUGUUACAUGAUACCUCAAGAGAAAGUCUUUUUUUCGCAUUGUUUAGCGGCAUGGAGGAAGGACGGCUAAGGGAGGUAGGACACUCACAAUCACCAUCAGGCUUUUCUCGAAAGAAAGGAUUAAAGAAAAAGAGAAAUACCAGGGCUGGACUGCUCCCGAUUUGAGGAGUUGGAGAUACCUGCUAUGUCAUAUACAUACUUCACGGUCGAUAUAAAAUUUAUACCUACCUGCGACUUUGUGUUUUUGGUGGGCUGUGAUAUGUAGAACUUGUUUGGUAAUUCAGGGGUUUAAGGGGUACCAGAUCAAGUAUCU